AUGAAGCAUGGAAUCCAAAAUAGUCUAGCUGGCAUGAUCUGGUAACAAAUCAGAACCCAGGACCAGUUCAAAACUAAUUAAACUGUUUACGGUUGUAAAAAGAUGUGCCAAAUUGAUUCCAUGCUAAUCGGCAGAUAUUACAAUUAAAAGUAUUGGAUAUUUCAAAAUUCGAAUCAGAAGUAUAAAUUGGAUCAUACAUAAACUGAAAAUACUGGUUGGCUUAAGUCAAGAUUAAAAUAUAGAUAUAAAUCUUAGAUUUAUGUCACAUUUGUAGAAAUGAUUGAUCUAAUUCAAGAGGAAGGAGAAGUACGCAUGAACGCAAGAACUCAAGCAAUACGGUUAUAAAACGUAAAAGGGUUCUAAAAUCUUGAAAGAUAGAUUUCAUAAUUGGCUAAAUCAAAAAAAAUUUUUGAUGCAUUUUUGCUAGAAAUUUAAAAAGUGUUAGCAGAAUUUAUUUUCUCGUCCUUAAAUUGA